AUGAGGGAGGGGGAUAGAGAUGGGCUAGAGGAGGAAGAGGAGGAGGAUGAGGAGGAGGAGGAGGCAGACACCGACAUAAAUCACCACGUUGGAAGUCCGUGUUUGUCCUUCCUUUACGUUGAUGUCUCAUUUGUCUCCGCUGCUGCUGCUGCUGCUGCUGCUGCUGCUGCCGCUGCUGCUGCAGCUUCGUCGUCGUCGUCGUCGUACGACAUUAAACAAAGCCCGGCCGCCGAAAUUUCAUCGCGAACUUCUCUGGUAUUCGAAAUGAAAGGUCGGUUGCAAGAAGGGAAUUUGAAGAAGGGGCUCUCCUCCUCCUCCUCCUCCUCCUCCUCCUCCUCCUCCUCCUCCUCCUCCUCCUCCGCCUCCUCCUCUGCUCCUCCUCUUCCCCCCACGCAUUCGUACAAAGGAAGAAGUAAUGAACCUCAGGAUAUAAUGAAGGUCUCGGAAAAUAUCCUGCCUACCUCCUCCUCCUCCUCCUCCUCCUCCUCCUCUCCUCCUCCUCCUCCUCCUCCUCCUCCUCCUCCUAUUCGCGAGCAUGCGAACAGUUCGGCCAUCCUUCCUCCUCCACCUCCUCCUCUUCCUCCUCCUCCUCAAGACCCUAUCCACCCUCCCCCACCCACGAUCGUUCAUCCUCCAUCUCUUAGCCUUGGUACAGUAGUAGGAGUGACAAGUGAAAGUGUACGUAAGUGUAGAGGCGAGGUAGGAGGAGGUGGUGGUGGGAGGAGGAGUGGGAUGAAGGAGGAGCAUGUUAGGAAAGGAAGGAGUCCAUUGAGGGAAACGAGACGUCGACGGGAGUGUUUCUGGGUUCCUGCGUUAGUUGCUUCUCCUGCUCGGUAA